AUGCUUACCCGCCGCAUCUUUAGCCAUGCCGGCGAGCCCUGGGAAGGGAAUAACGUUCCUCUUCAGGCUGACAUUGUGCUCAUUACCAAACUCUGGAACGAAUACUCGACCGGCCCGUGUCCGAUAUCAUUCUCUUCAGCUGAGGCUGAUUCCAUCAUACACUUGCAAAGUAUGCAAGAAGAAGUUGAUCUCCAGCUCAAACUGGUCCGCGACUUCAUUGGCGUCGGCGUGGACGGUUGGACCUCUCCGGACGCAUAUGAAGCUGCCUAUUCCUGCGCUCGUCAGAUGAAGGUUGACGGUCUUGCUUCUCUCGACACGGAGUAG